AUGUCUCACAGCGAAGAAAUCGCAGCAGCCGUGGAGCAACACCAGGGUACAGCUCUGCCUCCAUUCACCAGACAUAUUACCAGUCACAAUGCAGAGGGAAAAGCUGUGUUACACUCCUCGAGCGAAGUUCCCACCUCCUUCCACGGUCAAUUCACACCGGGCGAGCCUCGACCUAUGGCCUUUAAUGUUGCGUACACAACCUCCCAGUUCCCAGCCGACUUGAACAACGAUGCGGAUCUAGCAGCCCAUGAUAAUGUCAUUAAAUCUGGUAACCUGGGUUUGGUCAACCCCAACGGAACUGUUUUUCGAAUUGUCGAUUUUGCGCCCGAUACUCCAGCAGCCGUUCAUCGCACACAGAGUUUGGACUAUGGAAUCGUGUUGGAGGGGCAAGUGGAGAUGAUUCUGGAGGAGGGGGAACCCGUAUUGUUACAACGUGGGGACGUGGCCAUUCAGCGGGCCACCAUGCAUGGUUGGCGUAACCCGAGCAAGACUGAGUGGACACGUAUGGCAUUCAUCCUGCAGGACUGUAAGCCAUUGGAAGUUGGUGGAACACGUUUGAAAGAAGACCUCGGCCCGCUGGAUGGUGUUCUAGUAUCCAGUGGGAAUGAUCAAUGA